CCCCUUUGCUCCACCUCACCGCACAGCUGAUCAAAUGUCAAGAAAAUGGAGUUUUGUUACGCAUUUAUAAAUUCAGAUUAGAAAAGUAACAAUAUGAAUUCGACUAAUACUAUUUCUGCAGCCUGGUUAGGUUAGAAUGGAUAGUGCAACUCCAUUUCAACCUUGGGCUGCUGACGAUAGUGCUAAAAAUGUUAAAUCCGAGAGAGAACUAGCGGAUGACGCGAAACUUCAUCGUGAAAAUGUCAAUCCAAAACAUACGCAAACUGCGUCUUACGAUAAAGAAAGUGUCGCCGCUGCAAGCAUCGUUCCGGGACCGUCGGGCGCUGCCGCACCCGGCGCGGGACCCGCUCGGGGCAAGGAGUCCAAGAUGGACUCCGCCAAAAUCGCUUCUAUGCACCAAAUCGUCGAGAACACUCUAAGUCAAGAGGGUCGACAAAGGGUGGCCCAGCUGUUGGAGGCAGUGGAGGCUCUGAGUGGUGCCGAGAGACUGCUGUUAUACCUACGCCUGCCCACGGGGGUUCCUCCACAUGACCCGUUAAAGCAGCCUAUCAAUCCCCUAGGCUCCAGAGCGGAACUUCAGCAGACUGUGACAUGGAUACAGACACACCUAGAAGUUGACCCGGACGUCUCGUUGCCCAAACAGGAUGUGUACGAUGAGUACAUUGCACAUUGCAUGAGCAGCAACAUGAAGCCGUUGUCGACUGCGGACUUCGGCAAGGUGAUGAAGCAGGUGUACCCGACGGUGCGGCCGCGACGCCUCGGCACGCGUGGCAACUCCAGAUACUGCUACGCUGGUCUUCGAAAGAGGAUCAAGUUGGAAGUUCCACAGUUGCCAGAUUUAGGCGAAUCGUCGAAGGAACCAAGCGUGACGUCACGAGAUACGGAAAGAAUAAUUUGCGAAUGGGCUGAAAGUAAAAUUGGAGUGAAGUUGUCGAGCCUGUCGGAGUUGGCGCGGCAUCUGAUGACGCCGAGCGCGCGCGCGCCGCCCGGCCCCGCCAGCGCCUCGCCGCCGCCGCCGCUCGCGCAGCCACAUGGUGAUGAUCCAGCGAGUCGGCAGCUGAUGAAACAAUUAAAGCGAAAGAUUCAGACGCAAGGGACACCCGGUCGUCCGAAAAAGAACAAAGGUCAGGAGGUGACGGGCGAGUCUCCACCGUCGACGUCGUACGUGGGCCACCACCCGCCCGUGAAGCACGAGAGCGAGCUGGCGGAGGGCUACGGCUACCAGGGCGCGCCCUACGUGCCCGUGUACGACGUGCGCGCGCCCUAUCCCGCCUACACCGUGCCGCCGCGCGCGCACCCGCCCGCCGGCCCGCACCCGCCGCACCCCCCGCACCCGCCCCACCCCCCGCACCCGCCACACCCGCCGCACGCGCCGCACCCGUCACACCCCGCGCUGCCCGUGCACGAGUACCGGCCCGACCCCUACGUGUUCGAGCCGCCGUACGCGGCGCGCGACCUGACGCUGCCGCCCGACACGCACCACAACCUGCCCAUCAACCUGAGCAGCGACGCGUCGCUGGACCUGUCGACGGAGCGCGAGUGGCAGCGGCGGCGGCCGCCGGAGCCGCCGCCGGCGCGGCUGCCGCUGCCCGGCAAGAAGCUCAUCCUGGAGACGUACCAGAGCGAGGCCCGCGCGGGCUCGCCGCGCGCCGCGCCGCCCGAGCCGCGGCCGCCGCUCGAGGAGUUCCCGCGCACGGAGUACCUGCCGAAGAAGAUGCGCGCGGCCGAGAUCCUCGGCGGCAAGCUGGCGGCCGCGAGACACGCGCUGGCCGCCGACGCCCCCUCCACCUCCUCCUCCUCCGCCGCCGGCGCCGACCCGGCUCUGCGUUCUGACGCUGCUUUUUUAGAGGAUCCAAAAAACUUAACGAACCGGUCCAAAAGCACCGCCGCGGCGCUGGCCCGGGAGGAACAGGAGGCGGCGAGUCCGACACGGUCGGUGAAGGCUCCGACGCCUAAGUCCGAACGCACCAAACCACGGAAGAUGUGCGCCCGGGGGAGGGGGCCCUCGCAGGAGCGGGCCUCGCCCGACCGGCCCGUCACGCCGGACUCGUGCUGCGGGCUUGAUGGGAUCAACAUCAAAACGGGCAUGAUAUGCGAAGAGAAACAUUCUGAGAUUUUAAACAGGGAACGUGUGAUCAGUAUCUGUAAUAUAGACAAACACGAUUUGGACGACUAUCUCAACGAAGGGAAUAGUCAAGAGCACGAAGAAGAGUUGUUAAAAUACUUCAACCGAGAGUCUGAGGCGCGAGCCGCCGCCGAAGCAAGUGCUAAUGCCUCGGAAGCUGUUGCUUUUUUAGAAGCAGGCACGGACCCACACGACGAACACAGUCAAGGCAAAAAUGAAAAGUUGUCACAAUUGCGAGAGUUGUUAGCCAAAAACCUAAAGAACCAGAGUGGGUCCAAUACUCAGAGUCUGCCGAUGGCUCAAGAAUCCCAAAUGCUUCUGGAAAAUUCACAUCAACAACCUUCUAAGUCAGGAAUUAGUGAAGGAGCUUUUAAACCGGUAGCCCCCAAUGUGGUGGAGAUGGUGAACGGACAAGCGUUGGCCAAUCAAAAUGAAUCUAAUUGUAACAAACAGUCAAAUUCGACACCUAAUGAAAAUGGAACUUCAUUGUCUUAUGUGAACCAAAACACUUCAAACUCAAUGACGACCAACAUAACUGGAACACAUCUCUACAACGGUAAUUGCCAUAAUGAACCACAAAGUCCAACAACUAGGACUCAGCAGUAUGAUUUUGUGCCAAUUUCUGAAGGGUGCCAUUCUCCAGGAAAUUUUCAUUCAAAGUCACCUUUAGGAUUUGGUCAAAGAGGGCACAGCCCGUCUAAGUUGAACAAACCUGUGAUGAUGGGUGGCUCUCUUCAGACUUCUCCGAUAUCUCACAGCACCGCGGCCAGUCCGUUUGUGAGUCCUAGGAACACUCCGGUGCCACGGUCGCGCCUGUGCCCGCGACCGAUACCCAAACACAACGGGAGAAAGAAGCGGAACCCGUUGUCACUAGGUGUCGCUGAUCCUAAUUCCAAACAAUUUGCAAUGCCCAAUGAACAGAAAUUUAUGCCGAAGACAUCCAUGUGCGGUCCAGGUAUCAAAUACUGUCAACCCAUGUCGGCGCCCCCUUCACCGAACAUUAUAACUUCUCAAUACAAGAAUCAGAUGUUUCAAUGUAAUUCUGGCAUGACGAACGGUAACAGUAACAUGUGUUUAAACUUUUUGCCAAAUACUCCGCCAUUCAGAGACACCAUGAAUGGAGAACUCGCCCAUCCACUGUCGGCUGAUCCACUGUCGAGUGAAGUUAGUCAGUUCUUCCAGGAGUCGCUCGUAACUUACAGGCCUGGUCAUGACAAUUCAUUCAGGUCGCAAUCUGUGCCACUCAAACAAGGCAUAAAUAACAUGGGACUGCUGAGCUACACCAACACUCCUGUGGGCUCAGUGCCGCCGACGCCGGUGCCACACGAGUUUUGUGACUUCGGGUCACUCGCAGAUACCUGUGAUAUAUCAAAAGCAGGUUUAAAUUCGGAAACAUUAGAUAAAAUUUAUGAUGCGAUAGACAGCAGCAAUGAUGUACUUAAUACCGGUGGACCACAAAAUCUUUUGAAUCCCAAUGAUACCCUGAGUAAUGGGUGCGAUCCACCGCCGAUUUUGACAGAAGAACAACUCAACUCGUUCAUUCCGGCCGAAGGCGAACUGCUCGACAGGACCAAUCAGUUCAAUCAGUCGUUCCCGGGCGACAGCGCCACUACAAGCAACGUGGAGGACUUCUUGAAGCGAACUAACGGCAUCGAGUUUGAUCUGUCCGAGCUAGUGACCGACAAGAACAAAUACUACACGUCACGCUCUGUUCCUAGCACGCCGCUGCCCUACAAACGCACGGCGCCCAACUUGCAGAUAGAUUCCCGACGUACUAGAGAAUUAUUUGUAGCUGAGAAUUAUUCCAAUAUGUCGAACGGUAUAUCUUCUAAAUCUGUUCCGUCUACUCCUCAACUAGCCGAAGAGAGGAGCGUGUUCAGUUACAGCAAUAGGGAUUUCCUUAUCAACGGGAACUCAGUGGAAGUGAGCGGGUCGGCCGGGCUAGGCCCGGGGGCCGCGGGGGGCGCGGUGGUGGACAGCGAGCAGGCGCUCACGUCGCCGCUGCACGACAUGCUGCGCGAGGACAUGCUGGACCCGCUCACGCCCGCCGCUGACUUGCUCGCCGACCUCGACAAGAUGGACGGGACUCCAUACGUUGACCUCUAGUCAGCCGUCGUUUGUCACCGACAUGUAUGUAAAUAGUAACCUUAAUUUCGUUUUAUUUGUACAGAUGCCGAAAUAUUGGAUAUAUUAUUGAGUACAAUCGAGAAUUGCAAGCCUUCAGUGAAGGCGCUGCCGACUCGUGCAUUACUAUGUAGAUUCUAAUAAGGAUCGGACACUCCCAAAAACUGAGUCAAUACAAUGCACCAUACAAUUGUGAUAAGCAUAUAAUCAAUUAAUUAGAAAUAAGCGGAAAUUAACUUUGAGAAUUACGUUUUAAAAUCAUUGACUCUUAUAAUUUGUGCUUAAAAAGAUCAGAUGCCAUGCGUUGAAAGAUUAGUUGAUCGUAAUUUCAAGUUUAGGUCAGUAGGUGAGGUUUACAACUCGAACAAUGUAACGUUGUUAGUGGUUGUUAUGAUUGGAUGCAACAGUCCCCAUUUCACAUUUGUCAAAAAUAACAACAUGCAUUCUUUCAACUUCAAAUAUAUUUAAAUACCUAUCCCAUCCGCCUAAACACACGGGAGUUUUAAAGUUAGAAGAUGCAACACAUUGCUCAGAGAUUACUGUAAAAUAGUUACUGCAAGAGGCUAAUCUCUCACUGGACAGUAAUUAGUCAAUUCCCUUAAUGGUUCCCUAGGACCAAAGAAUUAAAGAUCUUUAUGAUCGAGAAGGGAUCAACAGUGAGGUUUGCCUUUUAGAUAUAUAAAAGGAGUUACGUGCCUCAUGACAAUAUCUAUCUAAGCUCAUCACAAUAUAACAUCGAAAUUUUGAUAUGUAUUUUGUAAGAAUGUUGUAUGACGCAGUUGAUACUGCCCUAGCUGAAGUAUUCAAUGAACACCUGACGUUGAACAUGGCUAUCGUAGUAUUUACCAGACCAAUGCAGCGUGCCAAGCACGCUUAGUUUAAUUAGAAUUGGUUUUCUCGAGAAAAUGAUAAUAUAAAUAAUAGAUAUAGUUUAUGAAAAUGAAUUUAUUGUAAGUUAGCACAAAGAUUUAAUAUAUUUUAUUAUCAACUAGGAGUUUUACUGAUAUACUAAAUUUACAUUGAAUUGACUGCAUAAAAUGCGGAAUGAAGGAAAUUUUAAUCUGCCAGUAUGGCUGCAGUGAGCUUAUAGAAAAAAAACUAACCAAAAGCUAUUCGUUAUUGAUAUAUUCAAUAAACAUAACGAGGUCGGCCUUUCGAUAACAAUGACCCGUACGAAUGUAUUCGCGAACUAAGUUGCCCCUGUAUAUUGUUUAACCCCUUGACAACUUUGUUUUGUGUGGUAUCGUGACCUCUGCUGUGGUUGAAGGGGCUAAUCUACAUUGUGACUGUUAUGCGGCCUAAAAUGUUAGUAUAUUUUUUGUUAGAGCUUUUAGUAUUUAUACUAUUUGACAGAAUGAAUGCAGAUUAUAUCGGUUCAUCCUCUUACCUGUGCCUGAACGAUGGGCAUCAUUGUAUACCUAGAAUUGAAAGCUUAGUAGUUGGUUCGUUAUAACGCUAGUACAAAUUACACAUUGAUUCGACAGGGAUAUACAUAAUGUAAGUGAAACCGAAGACUGUUUAAAGUUUGUAGAUAUUUUAAACACAAAUGGAAAUGUCUUGAUCACUUCGUCUCGAGGAGUAGAUAUACAUAGGUACAACGAAACCCUCAGUGAUCAGCCGUGUUAUAUUCCAAUUUGGUACGACUUACCAAAAUCGUCUAGUACCUAAUUACUCUAAGUUGUACAUUUUAUAAGUUACAUGUUUAAUGUUAAGACACUAAUCGCUUGUAUAUAAUUGAAAUGUUUAUUCCAUUUUUCAUGAUAAUUUCAUGGCAAUGAAUGUGUUAGUUAAAUCCAUCAUAUGUCUAAUUUUGUCUCCAUAAGUAAUGUGGCAUCCAAUACAUUUUGGGCUAAAUUUGUGCACGAUUAACAUACACCUAACUGGCUUCAAAUUGGAUUUGGGUGUCACAUUGUAGGUCGUUCCGACACCAGUUGUUGUGAUCAGUGUCAUUUAUAUUUUAUUUACGUAUAUUUUAGAUUAAACUAAUUCAUCAAUAACAUGUUCCAGUAAUCACUUCAAACCGUCCCAUUCGCCUCUGUAUAUUAUUGUAUCGUCCCCAUAAACUCUUACCAUCUAGAAAGAAGUCAUGAGACAACUUGUUUAAAACAAUAACUUAGAUUUAAAAUAAACUCUCGCUCAUAAUCCCAAAUGGGGUAGGCUGAGCUACAGCUGUCAUCAGAAAGAUAAAUAUUUCGUUUUUCGUAUAUCUUGUACUUAUGUGUCUUGUAUAUGAUGCAUUGUAUAGCGAUGUACACUGAUAAAUAUAAUAACAAAGCACGAAUGACUCUUUCUAAUAGGUUUAAACUUGUAUCAUUUCAUGUAUUAUCUAGGCAUAUCAGCUGUGGAUACUAAGGUUAGCUUGCACACCCCUCAGGUUGUUGGUUAGUGCAAGACAAUUGAUUGUUAAGUGUGUUCGUGUUUUGCUGGUUAUGUAAGUUAAUUAAGUAACGUUGAUGUUUGAUGGAUUGAUAUAAAUUAGAUUAAUAUAUUGGUGCUUCUCGAAAUCGUCUCGGCAGCCGGUGUACGAUAUUUCCAACUGUGCACAUUGCGAAGCAGAUGCCAUUAAAUUAUGUGACUAAUUUAAAAUCUAUACAGGUGUCGAGUCGGUGCAACAUUUAAAUCACGAAAUUUAGUCCUAACUCUACACUAAUUCACUUGAAAGUGAGGUGUGAGUGUCAAUAAUUGUAAUAACAAAUAUUCAUUAAAUGUUAAAUUCGAUGUUUAGGUAACUUAUGUGUUGUGUUUAUGUUGAUUGGGCCCGGUUUAAAGAUCAUCUUUAUAAAGUGAAUUGUCUAGAAAUAAAUGUGUUUCAAAUUAUAAUGGCACAACAGCUGCCAAGUUGGUUCUAAAAUAUCGGGUAAAAUCUUAAAAUAAGUUUAUAAAAAUUUGCCUCUUACAUGCAGUGGUGAAGUGCGUAAGAUUUGGUCGUAAGCUGUAUGCUAUAUGUACUAUGCCAUUUCGCCUUAGUUAUAAGGCUCACUUUAUCUUUAAAAUAGCACAAGCAAAUAUUAAAAAGUGGGGUGAAAAGAGUAUCUAUUCAAUAUGAAAUAUAUAAUUAUAAUUUGAAUAUGAUAUAUUGUUCUCCCAACUUUUUUAUAGUUUGCUGCAUCUAUAAAAACUUAGGCAAGUGCACAAAGCAUGGUACAUACAUAAGUUAGGUAUUGACUGUAAUGUUUUGUUCUGUUUAGUGCAAUAACUGGCACUUCAAAUCACUGUUGCAUAUUUCAUUAAAAGAUUUCAUUUUUUAAAAUAAAUAUAUAUUAUUGUUUGUACAAAACAUUAAAUUAAUUAUUAUAAAUAAUGAAUGUGAGUUGUUAGAAUUGUUGAUGUGAUGAAGAUAAAAUCAUCAGUCAUAUGAUGGAGAUUUCAUUACUAAAAGUAAUGAUUGUUAUGUAAAUACAACAUUAACACUGUAGACGUAUUAUUACAUGACACAGUUUAUUUUUAUUACAAUUAUGUUGUUCUGUUAAUUAUUGUUUUAUAUCUAAAAAAAUAUUUUUAUGAAUGUAUGAUAAUAAUUUAGGUUUUAGUUGUACAUUUUAAGUGAAAAUAUCCAUGUUGUUGAUUAGUCUUUUAUGGAUGUUGAUUUACACCAUUUGCUAUGAGUGAUAAUAAAUGGUAUGAUGAAAUA